CAAAAAGAAAAAAAAAGGGGGUAAAAUGGAGAAUAAUUUAUAGAUUUCAAUCGUCGUAUUAUCCCAUUUUUGGGCUCUGCAUCACCACUCUCUCUCUCGCGCGCGCCAGGUUUCUGUGUCCAGAGAGGAUAUGGUCUCUAGCUCCCUCUCACUUCUCUCUCCCACCUCAUUUCCUUCCAUUUCCAAAACUGAUUCACCAUCUUCUUCUAUCCCCAACAAAUUUGGGAUUGGGCCUUUCUCAGAAUCAUCCAAACGAAGGUGUACAUUCCCAAAACGUGUUAGGUUGUUCCGGUGCCAAAUUCUUGGCUCAUCUUCAUCUUCCAAUCAAUCACGCGAUGAUGCCUCGGCGGAGCUGUUUUUGCAGAACAAUUCAAUUGCGGAUUUCAUGAGGUUCAAACGGGAUGGAAGCAGUGCGGAGCUUCAGACUGCUACAGUUAGUUACAGAAAGAAGUUCCCCUGGUCUAUCCUGCAGCCAUUUGUUCAGGUUGAUUUGGUAUCAACGAUCCAUAUCGCAGACAAAGACUACUUCGAGGCCCUUCAGAAAGAACUAGACUCCUACGAUUGUAUACUUUAUGAGAUGGUAGCUAGUAGGGAGAGCUUAGAAAGCAGAAGAAAUCCAGACGCCACAAAGAAAUUAAAAAGUUCGCGAUCACGAGGAUUUAAUAUUCUGGGUUGCAUUCAACGACAGAUGGCUCGUGUUCUUACGCUUGAUUUCCAAUUAGAUUGUCUUGAUUACCAGGCUGCAAAUUGGUUCCAUGCAGAUCUAGACUACGAAACCUUCAGAAUACUUCAGACUGAAAAAGGUGAAAACUUCUUUACAUUUGCAAGAGACAUGACUAUACGAUCCACCAAAGCUAUGGUUCAGCCUACUGCAGUACCGGACGAUCUUGAACCUUGGAAGUCAAAACUUCUAUGGGCGUCUCGUGUGCUUCCCAUGCCACUCGUUGGACUUCUUAUCAUUGGAAGUGUUUGUGCAGACGUGGGAAGUCAAGCAUCAGAAUUUCCAGAAUUUGAAGCAUUGUCGAGGCUCGAUUUGGGUGCUGCAAUGAAGGUCUUUCUGGCAAAGCGACUAACAUCUGAGUUCACACAAGUAACUGCUGAGGUGGAGGAGAGUUCUGUAAUAAUUGGCGAAAGGAACAAAGCUGCAACAGAGGCGCUUAGAGAUGCCAUCGACAAGGGCCACAACAAAAUCGCCAUACUAUACGGUGGCGGUCACAUGCCCGACUUGGGGAGGCGAUUGCGAGAGGAGUUCGACCUCAUUCCUUGUCGUGUAAAGUGGAUAACAGCAUGGUCUAUUACAAAUCGAAAACUAUCCAGCAGUUCUCUCCCAUUUCUGAAGGCUCUAGCCGAUGCCUCGGGUUGGCCGUUGAACCGUUACCAGACCUUGGCGCUGCUAAUCUUCUCCUCAGUCCUUGCAGUGGAUCUCUGGUUUUGGGAACUCUUUUUCGGCACAGCGGCAAAUUGGAUCUCCGAAGUCGCUUUAGAAGUCUAUCAGUAUAUUGAUAAUGUACAGCUGAUGUAAUAACGUUGAUGAGUUAUUGCAAACUGUUGGCGUUUUACAAAUUGGAAGUUGUAUCCUUACCGUUGUAAAUAAUUCAACUGUGGCCGUUGUUUCCUGAGCCACUCAGAAAGUAGAACAGUGAAGAACGUUGGAAUAAUGUUCUUGCAUGUUCUAUGUAAUAUUAUACACAAUUCACAUUGGAUUUUACUGUUCUU